AUGUGUCGAAAGAAGGCCAACAGGAAAAGGACUGAGCACAUCUCAUCGUUGGGAAUAUCAUCUCUCCUUUUCCGAGCAGAGCCCAGACCAGACAUCAUCGUUAGAGACCACAGGUCGAGGGCUAGGCUUCUUGUCGGGCAUAACAUCACCCACGCCGACAACUUCUGCUGGAGGUCCGACACCCACCUGAACAUUACGGCUUCUCGUCGUGGGUCAUCAGGGUUGCCGACGAAACUGUUUGGCGGAUCGAUGAGACUUUCGACUGCUGACCUCGAUCAGACAUGCGGCUGGGUGUACACCCUUUCGGUGAUGGGGAACAAGCUGUUGGGCACCUCUUCAUUUCACAAGGGCAUCGUCAAUGGCCUAGUGCUGGCCGAGAUCGACAAAAAGAUGUCCAAAAGCCUCAAAAACUAUCCGAAUCCGAGUUUGCCAACUGGAAAAUACGUCUCAGAUGCCCUUGGGCUUUACCUCAUCAUUUCACAGGUCGUCAGAGGGAAGCCGCUGCGCUUCAAUGAGGCAGGUGUGAAGGGCAUCGCUCGCGAUUUCCCUCCUCUGUGGAACAGUUACUGUUUGUUUGCGGAGCAACCCGCUCCUUCCAAAAAGACACAGGGGACUGCCUUGGUUGCCAACACGGGAUUCCUUGCGUCCGGCAGGCUGCAACUUGAACAUAUGAACCGAUGGAUACUCGCAGACUUUCCUAGACUAUUGCAGGCUAUCGACAACUUGACAAACUGGUACACUUGCUUCAAUCGAAAGCGACUCAAGGGCGCAGCUGGUCUCGGGCUCGAGGACACACGAAUGGCACUUGAAAUGCUUUUCCUGGUGCUUCUCACAGUCCACCGAGUUCACUCGGAACACGUACCUCCUGAGAAGGAAGAUCUCUUUGAUGCCGUGAUCGAGCGCAAGAUGGCUGAGAUGCAAAAGUUCAUCCAGUUACGGAGGACUGCCAGGGAGCGUCGCAGCAUUAUCCAAAAGACCCCACUCUUGUCCCUUGUGGUCAUUGCCGAUACGCAGUUCGUGGCCGACAUAGAGGCUCUCGAGAGCUAUCCUGCCGAUGAGCUCAACGUCCUCGAGAGGGACAAGAAUAUCACGGUGGGUGGCAUACGGUUCGACGAGAAUGGCGCCACGAUUGAGGUUGUCGUCUGGCUCGAUGCCGCUUCUCACCCAGAGCUCCUCAACGAGGGACUUACCCGUGAUGUCGUGAAUCGAGUACAGAAGCUCUGCAAAACGGCUGUGGCUGUGCUAAAAGAUGAAGUUCAGUUUCAAUAG